AUGAAUUCCUAUUACGAAAAAUCGCCUGAAGACGUUUGCAAAAGUGCAGUUGAAGAUCUUAGAGAUGAUGGGUGCUUUUAUAGAAAUGAAACAAAUCAGAACGACACUCAAGUUUCGCAAAAUUAUUCAGAAGAUGAGACCGUCAAUGAAUUAUUAUCAACUUUAAAAGAACUACUAGAAUCUUUUCAAGAUGAAAAACUGAAGCAGGAAAUCAUAGACAACAUUUACAAUACUGUUUUAAAUGCAAGGAGCGAAUAUCUCAAGAUGCCAAACCCAAAAGUUAACAUCGAACCGCAAGAAUUUUCAAUUGAAGACCAGGAUUUUGAAAUAAAAGAAGAAGAGCCUGAACAUAAAGAAACUUAUCAGGAGAGAUUUAUGAAAUCCGAUCUAAUGAUAGAAAAUGAAGUCAAUGAAUAUAGUGGCACAUGUAAUGAUUUAGAACAGCAUAUGCCGGUACAGAGUCAUAGUUGUACUUUUUGUUCAGAUACUUUUACAGAUUCAAGCGCCUUAGAAAUUCACCAGAAAACGCAUACGGAUGAAAAACCUUUUGAGUGCAUAAUUUGCAAUAAAGCAUUUACAGGGCAAAUCGAUUUUGAUCAACACGUUUGUGAUUGGGAAAAAACUUUAACGUUAAAUGAAUCUGAUGAAAUUAGACAGGAGUUGUUUGAAGCACCUCAUUAUAAAUGUAAUGAAGGCACAUGUAAUGAAUCAUUUACAAGGGCGCAUGAUUUAGAACAGCAUAUGCCGGUGCAUAGUCAUAGUUGUACAUUUUGUUCAGAUACUUUUGCAGAUUCAAGCGCCUUAGAAAUUCACCAGAAAAUGCAUACGGAUGAAAAGCCUUUUGAAUGCACAAUUUGCAAUAAAGCAUUUGCUGUAAAAUUGGAUUUUGAUCAACACGUUUGUGUUGGAGAAAAAACUUUAACGUUGAGUGAAUGUGAUGAAAUCAGACAGGAGUUGUUUGAAGCACCUCAUUUUAAAUGUAAUGAAGGCACAUGUAAAAAAUCAUUUACAGGGCCACAUGAUUUAGAACAGCAUAUGCUGGUACAUUGUCAUAAUUGUACAUUUUGUUCAGAUACUUUUUCAGAUCCAAGCACCUUAGAAAUACAUCUAAAAAUACAUGCAGGUGUCAAGUCUUUUGUGUGCACGAUUUGCAAUAAAGCAUUUGCUGUAAAAUUUGAUUUUGAUCAACACGCUUGUGAUUGGGGAAAAACUUUAAUCUUGAGUGAAUCUGAUGAAAUUAGACAGGAGUUUAUUGAAGCACCUCAUUAUAAAUGUAAUGAAGGCACAUGUAAUGAAUUAUUUACAGAACAGCACAUGCUGGAACAUUGUCAUAGUUGUACAUUUUGUUCAGAUACUUUUCCAGAUUCAGGCGCCUUAGAAAUACAUCUGAAAAUUCAUACAGAUGUCAAGCCUUUUGUGUGCACAAUUUGCAAUAAAGCAUUCACUGGGCAAUUCGAUUUUGAUCAACACGUUUGUAAUGGAGAGAAAACUUUACCGUUGGGUGAAUCCGAUGAAAUCAGACAGGAGUUGUUUGAAGCACCUCAUUAUAAAUGUAAUGAAGGCACAUGUAAAAAAUCAUUUACAGGGCCACAUGAUUUAGAACAGCAUAUGCUGGUACAUUGUCAUAGUUGUACCUUUUGUUCAGAUACUUUUCCAGAUUCAAACACCUUAGAAAUUCACCAGAAAAUGCAUACGGAUGAAAAGCCUUUUGAGUGCACAAUUUGCAAUAAAGCAUUUCCUAGGCAAUUGGAUUUUGAUCAACACGUUUGUGAUUGGGAAAAAACUUUAACGUUGAGUGAAUCUGAUGAAGUCAGACAAGAGUUUAUUGAAGCACCUCAUUAUAAAUGUAAUGAAAGCACAUGUAAUGAAUCAUUUACAGAACAGCACAUGCUGGAACAUUGUCAUAGUUGUACAUUUUGUUCAGAUACUUUUCCAGAUUCAGGCGCCUUAGAAAUACAUCUGAAAAUUCAUGCAGAUGUCAAGCCUUUUGUGUGCACAAUUUGCAAUAAAGUAUUCACUAGACAAUUGGAUUUUGAUCAACACGUUUGUGAUUGGGAAAAAACUUUAACGUUGAGUGAAUCUGAUAAUCAAAAGCAAAACUUGGAUACUCAGAGUGCAAAGGGUUCGCAUAAAUGUAAAGUAUGCGAUAGGUCAUUAUCAACAAUUUGGACCUUGAAAAAACAUAUGCUUGUACACAGUGGCGUACGGCCGCAUGCGUGUAAAAUGUGCAAUAAGUCAUUCUCAACAAAAAGCAACUUGAACAUGCAUAUGCUUGUUCACAGUGGCGUGCGGUCCUACAGUUGUAAAGUAUGUAAUAAGACUUUCACAUAUUUUGGUAGCUUGAAAUCUCAUAUGAGCAUGCACAACGGUGAUCUGCCUUAUAAGUGUAAAGUAUGCGAUAAACAAUUCGCACAUUCGCGUAAUUUGAAAAGACAUAUGCCUGUUCACAGCGGCGAAAGACCCCACAGGUGUGAAUUAUGCGAUAAGACAUUUAUACAUUGGCGUAACUUGAAAACUCAUAAGCUUUAUAUUCACUCUGGGCACCGGCCUCAUAAAUGUAAAGUAUGCGGUAAGUCAUUCAAACAACCGAGUGAUUUAAAAUCACAUAUGGUCACACACAGCGAUGAAAAACCACAUAUUUGUGAAGUAUGCAGUAAGUCAUUCGCACGAAAGAGUAGCUUAAAAAUGCAUAUGCUCAUUCACAUCGGGACUCGGCCUCACAAAUGUAAAGUAUGCAAUAAGUCAUUUACAGAAAGUGGUGGCUUAAAAAGGCAUAUGGUCAUACACAGCGGUGAAAAGCUUUAUAGAUGUAAAGUAUGCGAUAAGUCAUUCGUACAACGGGGUGGCUUAAAAAGGCAUAUGCUCGUACACACAGGUGAAAAGCUGUAUAGGUGUAAAGUAUGCGAAAAGUCAUUCGUACAACCGAGUGAUUUAAAAUCACAUAUGCUCACACACAGCGAUGAAAAACCACACAUUUGUGAAUUAUGCAGCAAGUCAUUCGCACGAAAGAGUGGCUUAAAAACGCAUAUGCUCAUUCACAUCGGGACUCGUCCUCACAAAUGUAAAGUAUGCGGUAAGUCAUUCAUACAAUCGGCUGAUUUAAAAUCACAUAUGGUCAUACACAGCGAUGAAAAGCCACAUAUUUGUGAUGUAUGCAGCAAGUCAUUCGCACGAAAGAAUGGCUUAAAAACGCAUAUGCUCAUUCACAUAGGGACUCGGCCUCACAAAUGUAAAGUAUGUAGUAAGUCAUUCAUAAAAGGGGAUGGCUUAAAAAGGCAUAUGGUCAUACACACCGGUGAAAAGCUUUAUAGGUGUAAAGUAUGUGAUAAGGCAUUCUCACAAAGGAGUAGCUUAAAAACGCAUAUGCUCGUACACAGCGGUGAAAGGCUUCAUAGGUGUAAAGUAUGCGAAAAGUCAUUCGUACAUCGGGGUGGAUUAAAAAUGCAUAUGCUCAUACACACCGGUGAAAGACCUUAUAGGUGUACAGUAUGUGAUAAGAGAUUUACACAAGUGGGAGUUUUGAAAACCCACAUGCAAAUUCACAGUAAUGAACCGCGCCCAAAGUGUAAAAUAUGCGAAAAGUCAUUCUCAACAAAGCGCUACUUGAAAAGGCAUAUGCUUGUUCACAGUAGUGAACAGUUCCAUACAUGUGAAUUAGCAGAUAAAUGA